AUGAACUGCUGCUGCCGCGCGCAUCGCCCGGACCUAGGGCUCGCCUUCUUGGCUCGCCUCCUCAGGACGGGCCUGAAGGCUGACCAGAUCGUCGCCAACACCUUCCUCAAGUGCCUCUGCUGUGCGAAACGGACGGAUGAGGCUGUGAACGUGCUGCUUCAUAGGAUGCCCCGGCUCGGCUGUGUGCCUAAUGCCUUCUCAUACAACAUUGUUCUCAAGAGCUUAUGCGAUAAUGGCAUGAGCCGGCAGGCGCUCGACCUGCUCCAUAUGAUGGCGAAAGAAGGAGGUGGCUGCUCCCCCAACGUGGUGGCGUAUAGCACAGUCAUCCAUGGCUUCUUUAAGGAAGGUGAAACAGGCAAGGCAUGCAAUCUGUUCCAUGAAAUGAUGCAGCAAGGUGUUGAGCCCAAUGUGUGGACAUAUAGUUCAAUCAUUGAUGCGUUGUGCAAGGCCAGAGCAAUGGACAAGGCAGAGCUAGUGCUUGAGAAGAUGGUUAACAAAGGUGUUCAACCCAAUAAUGUGACAUAUAAUUGCAUGAUCCAUGGAUAUUCCACAUCAGGGCAGUUGAAAGAGGCUGCUAAAAUGUUCAGAGAAAUGACAAGUCAGGGUCUUAUACCAGAUAACUUUACUUGCAGCUCCUUAAUGACUUACCUUUGUAAGCAUGGAAGAAGCAAAGAAGCUGCAGAAUUUUUUGAUGCCACGACUGCCAAAGGCCACGGAGAUGUCAUCUCUUACUGCAUUUUGCUUCAUGGGUAUGCCAAUGAAGGAUGCUUUGCUGAUAUGAUUGAUCUCUUUAAUUCAAUGCAAAGAAACGGUAUUGCUGCCAACUGCCAUGUUUUCAACAUAUUAAUUAAUGGAUAUGCUAAACGUGGAAUGACGGAUGAAGCUAUGCUGAUAUUUACAGAAAUGUGGGAAAAAGGAGUGAGUCCCGAUGUAGUCACCUAUUCCACUGUAAUAGCUGCACUUUCCAGGAUGGGGGGGUUGACCGACGCUAUGGAAAAAUUUAAUCAGAUGAUUGCCAUGGGAAUUCAGCCAAACACAGCCGUUUAUCACUCCCUAAUUCAGGGUUUUUGCAUAGACGGUGAUUUGGUUAAAGCCAAGCAGCUGGUUUCUGAAAUGAUGAACAGAGGUAUUCCUCGUCCAAACAUUGUGUUCUUCAAUUCAGUAAUAAACAGUCUGUGCAAAGAAGGAAGGGUUAUGGAUGCACAUGAUGUCUUAGACUUGGUUAUAGGCAUAGGUGAGAGGCCUAAUGUCAUUACAUUUAAUUCACUGAUUGACGGAUAUUGCUUAGUCGGGAACAUGGAUAAAGCAUUCAAAAUACUUGAUGUCAUGGAAUCAGUUGGUGUUGAGCCUAAUGUUGUUACUUAUAGUGCACUUCUUGAUGGCUAUUCUAAAAACAGAAGGAUUGAUGAUGCUCUGACUUUGUUUAGAGAAAUGCCGCGUAAGAGAAUUAAACCUGACACUGUUACAUAUGGCAUCAUGUUGGAUGGGUUGUUUCGUGCCGGGAGAACUGUCGCUGCAAUGGAAAUGUUCCAUGAGAUGACUGAAAGUGGAACAACAGUGGACAUUGUCAUAUACAAUAUAAUACUUGGAGGUCUUUGUAGAAAUAAUUGUGUAGAUGAAGCGAUUGCACUGUUCCAGAAAUUGCGAGCAAUGAAUGUGAAGUUCAAUAUUGAAAUACUCAAUACCAUGAUUAAUGCAAUGUACAAGGUUCAAAGAAAGGAAGAAGCAAAGGAAUUGUUUGCUACAAUAUCAGCCAAUGGGUUGGUGCCCAAUGAAUCUACUUAUGCAGUAAUAAUAAGAAAUCUUCUAAAAGGCGGAGCAGUGGAAGAUGCUGACAAUAUGUUUUCAUCAAUGGACAACAGUGGCAUCGUUCCCAGUUCCGGUCUUAUAAAUGAUAUCAUCAGAAUGUUGUUGAAAAAAGGUGAGAUAGCCAAGGCUGGCAAUUAUUUGUCUAAAGUUGACGGGAAGAGUAUCUCACUUGAAGCUUCAACUACCUCAUUGUUGUUGUCUCGGAAAGGGAAACAUCAGGUGGAUAUUAAGUUGCUCCCUGCAAACAUAUUCAAAGAAAUUUUCUAUGGAAUAUUAGGGGUAAUGACUAAUGAUGGCGAUUUGGGAAAGGACACCAGCACCGCCUCGUGUGAUAGAGGGGAAGGAAUUAAAGCAUCUGCUCGAGGAAUUAAAGCAUUCCUCUCCAGUUUUGGGUGGGGGAGGGGGGAGGCAUUGAGGCCAUGGUGCCCAUGGAGCGGGGAGAGAGGUGAAGGAAGAAGGGGGAAAAUGUCACGAUCCGGGUCUCAUCCAUUGAUAGCUGACAGGGUACAGCAAGAGUUGGGUGAGGAAGAGUGGUACAGGAGGGAGGAAGGAGAAGGUAGGUCAGAUUCGUGGUCCGUCAUCACCAUUGACAAUGGUGAGGGCGUGACAGAAAAUGAUUGUCAUCACCAAGGCCGAGAAGGCAGCAACCCACUGGGAAUGGGUCAAGGCCUAGCUCAAGGAGCUCAAGGUUCUUACAAGGAGAAUGAAGUCAGUCUUCGACGAGUUCAAAGGUGGGUCUGUGGAUCAGAGAAUUUUGAUGUUUGUGUCCUAGCCCGCAAGAUCUUCCAAAGCUCUCGAGAGAAGGAAAAUGAGAAGGCACUCCAGGAGCUCAGAGGAGAGCUUGGUGGACAUGGGUACCUAACAGUACUGGAAGAUGUCUGUAUCUUUGUAUUGGUAAUAUCUUGCAACAAAGAAAUUGUGUAA